CCGACCUGUAAGAGCAUGUACCUAUAUUUAGCUAGUGAGAUUAAGUUGCAGAGGCUUCAAGCAGGGCAAAAAGCACAUUGGUCUGCCUUUUUUACAAACCUUUGGGCAGACAACAGCUAAAGCUUUCUACUCCCUCCCCUUUCCCAAGUGUUUGCGAAAUGGAUUCCCAAAGGGAACUCACUGAAGAGCUCAGACUUUAUCAAUCCACCCUCCUUCAGGAUGGCCUCAAGGAACUCCUUGAAGAGAAAAAGUUUGUAGAUUGCUCUCUAAAAGCUGGUGACAGAAGCCUGCCUUGCCACAGAUUGAUUCUGUCGGCAUGUAGCCCUUAUUUUCGUGAGUAUUUCUUAUCUGAGCAAAAUGAAGAGAAAAAGAAGGAGGUAGUUCUAGAUAACGUUGACCCCAACAUCCUGGAUAUGAUUGUCAAAUACCUUUAUUCAGCAAGUAUUGACCUCAAUGAUUCUAAUGUGCAAGAUAUUUUUGCUUUGGCCAGCCGCUUUCAGAUUCCUUCUGUAUUCACUGUGUGCGUCUCCUAUCUUCAGAAGAGGCUUGCUGUUGGUAACUGUCUGGCCAUCCUUCGGUUAGGUGUUCUGCUUGAUUGCCCAAGACUUGCAUUUUCUGCCCGUGAUUUUGUUUCAGAUCAUUUUGUGCAGAUCUGCAAAGAAGAAGACUUCAUGCAGCUUGCCCCACAUGAACUUAUCUCAGUUAUUUCACCUGACAGUUUAAAUGUAGAGAAGGAAGAGCUGGUAUUUGAAGCAGUAAUGAGAUGGGUCCGAACAGACAAGGAGAACAGAGUAAAGAGCCUGGGGGAAAUUUUUGACUGCAUACGUUUUCGUCUAAUGCCAGAAAAGUAUUUCAAAGAACAGGUUGAGAAGGAUGAUAUAAUUAAAAGCAACUCAGACCUUCAGAAAAAAGUAAAGAUUAUUAAGGAUGCUUUUGCUGGAAAACUGCCUGACUCUAGCAAAAGCACAGAAAAGUCAGCCAAAGGGGAGGUGAAUGGCGAUGUAGGAGAUGAAGAUUUACUGCCUGGCUACCUAAAUGACCUUCCCAGGCAUGGCAUGUUCGUCAAAGACCUGAUUCUUCUGGUUAAUGACACAGCUGCAGUAGCCUAUGAUCCUCUUGAAAAUGAAUGCUACCUAGCAGCCCUCGCAGAGCAGAUUCCCAGAAAUCAUUCCAGUAUAGUCACCAAACAAAAUCAGGUCUAUAUUGUUGGAGGACUCUAUGUGGAAGAGGAGAACAAGGAUCAGCCUUUCCAGUCAUACUUUUUCCAGCUGGAUAGCAUUGCUGGUGAGUGGGUUGCCCUUCCUCCUCUGCCAUCAGCCAGGUGUCUCUUCGGGCUGGGAGAGUCGGACAACAAGAUCUAUGUAAUAGCAGGCAAGGACCUUCGCACUGAGGAGUCGCUAGAUUCAGUCUUGUGCUAUGACCCUGUGGCAAUGAAAUGGAGUGAGAUCAAAAAACUGCCCAUCAAAGUAUAUGGCCAUGCAACUAUCUCAAACAAUGGAUUGAUAUAUUGUCUUGGUGGAAAAACUGAUGAUAAGAAAUGCACUAAUAGAUUAUUUGUGUACAAUCCCAAGAAAGGAGACUGGAGAGACCUGGCUCCAAUGAAAGUGCCUCGCUCGAUGUUUGGAACAGCCAUCCAUAAGGGCAAGAUUGUCAUUGCAGGUGGUGUCACUGAGGAAGGCCUUACUGCAUCUGUUGAAGCUUUUGAUCUGACCACCAAUAAAUGGGAGAUAAUGCCUGAAUUUCCCCAAGAGAGAAGUUCCAUUAGUUUGGUCACUUUAAGUGGAGCAUUGUAUGCUAUUGGAGGCUUUGCAAUGAUUCAGCUUGAAUCUAAAGAAUUUGCACCUAGUGAAGUCACUGACAUAUGGAAGUAUGAUGAUGAGAAGAAGGAAUGGGUUGGCAUACUGAAAGAGAUCCGAUAUGCUACUGGAGCCUCCUGCCUGGCCACACGCUUAAACCUCUUCAAGUUAUCAAAACUGUAAACAAAACGCUGGAAGAUAUGAUAUGAUGAGGGAGUUUGACAGGCUCUUCUGGUUUUGUUGCAUGAAAAUGUCGCCAAAUUGUACAGUUUUGUAGCAGCAUACUAGUCAUACUGUGAACUGUUAAAGAAUUCAUUUGUCUGUCCACUUCUUAACAUACUUCCUAGCUAGCCAGCAACCACUGAAUUUUUGCAAAUGUUUAAAUUUCUAAAGGGUUAUAAUUAAUGUUGAUUAGAUUAAGAUUUUGGCAAGAACUCAAUUUUCCACUCUGUGAAAUUGCAAACAACACUAGUUAGAUUUCCUUGCAUUCAAUACAGUCCUGAUAUUGGUGGCUUGUCCUCCAAACAAUGCGCAUGAAUUAAUUGUUAAGUUAAAUACAAUUAAUAGGUAGCUAAUUUUAUUCUAACUGGCUGUUUGUAUGGCCAGAUUUCCCCUUUUAGUAAUGUAUGUAAAUUCUGCACUCUUCAGCAAGAUCUUGGAAAUAUUCUCAUCACAGACCUUAAAAAAAUAAUUUGGCUUGGAAUUGAAAUGCGUGUUUUAAAUAAAAGUGCCUUAACACUAUGUGUCCUAAAAAUGCCAGUCUCAGCCAAAGCUAUACUAGUUGACAGAGGAGGGGGGAAAGAGAGAGAAGUUCACAAGGUUAGUAGCUCUACUGUUUCACCUAUUAUGUUUAGACUUGAUAACAAGGAUUUUCCACUUUUUUUUAUGCUUUUAUAUUUAUUUCCAAAGCAAAUAUUUUAUGGAAGUUUUUCUCAGAGACCUGAGGCCAAUAAAAAGCAUUCAUGAAAAAGUCCUAAAGGAGCUAUCUUUAGCAAAUAUCUGUGACAGAUAGGACUUUUUCAUUUACUAUAGAGUUGAUGCAUUUUGACGUUGGAACUUUUAACAAUUAAACUUUGUUUUUAAAACUAUAAAA